AUGCAGUUCGCUACCGCUCUCGUUUCGAUCUUGGCCACUGCCGUCAUCGCCAUUCCCACCGGCAACACUGGCGGUGGCUCUGCUCCCUAUGAUGCUUGCUCUGGUCUCUACGACAGUCUUCAGUGCUGUGCCACCGACCUUCUGGGAGUUGCUGAUCUUGACUGCGCUUCUCCCGCGACCGUGCCGACUUCGGCCAGCGACGCCAAAAGCAUCUGUGCCAAGGUUGGCCAACGUGCCCGCUGCUGUGUUCUUCCCAUCCUCGGCCAGAGUAUCCUUUGCCAGACUCCCGUUGGUGUUUAG